CUGGCUUUGCUUUCUCUUUGGUAGACUUUCCUGCAGGAUCUACAGGUAUUUUCGCUGAAAGGACAAUUCCAAAAUUCUGAGAUUCCCCAGGGGAGAAUCGCAGCGUACACACUCACCGAUCAGAAAGAAAAGGUCCACAACCCCCCUUCUCAAAACAGAGAUGGAAAAAAAACAAGUCACCUACUCAGAGUUGAUUGUUCGCAACUCAUCCCAGCAGCCAGAUGGGAGACCUCAGAUGCACAAGAAUAAAGAUGCUACCACUGAACAGGAGGUGACCUAUGCAGAGAUGAAAAAUUCUAAGUCUUCUCAGCAGCAGCAGCACAGAAAAUCUAAGAACAUUCUGAACAGCGGACCAGAGCAGCAGGCGACCUACACAGAGGUGAAAAAUGCAAAGCCAUCUCAGCAUCGACAACACAGAAGAUAUAAGGACGCCCAGAACACAGGUCUUGAGAGUGGUCUGCAAGUGACCUACACAGAUCUAAAACUGCCUGGUCAUCCUCAGCCCCAAGGCAGGUGUGAGAUUGGACAGAGUAAAGAUUCCCCGUUCCCUCCAUGGAGGCUCAUCGCUGGGAUUCUGGGGAUCCUGUGCCUUGGGCUGGUGACCACCGUGGCAAUUAUGGCUCUACGGAUUUUCUGGACAUCAUCCAAUCAAGGAGCUCAAAACACUUCUUUAUUGCCCACAACAGACUCCAGUACAGGUAAGUUCUGUCUUUCAACAACCUUACUCUUUAUUUUUAUUAAGAAAGUGUUGCUCAAAGCAAUUUUUAGUUGUUCACCAUAUUUAACCACAGCAAAAAAGAAUAACCAUUCUAAUAAUAAUUUCCAUAGUAGUGUCCAGUCACGAAGCUCAAAACACUCCUUCAUUGCCAACAACAGGCUCCAGGACAGGUAGGUCCUUUCAGUGACCCUAAUAUUUGUCCUGGGAUAGCCCAAAUUUAGAGACCUUCCCUGGGUUAAGACACAUAGGACAAAGACAGAGUUGUGGUGACAGGCCAGAAUCCAGGAUUUUUCCAUUCCAGCCCAUGUCUCAGAUUCAUUCCUAAUCUUUCUAUAUGACCAUUCAACUCAUUCUUCAUGCCUUCCUCCUUGCUAGGGUGGAGGUGGAGAGGGUAAGAUCCAUAAGGACCAGUAAAAUGUCACUCAUUGCCCUACCCUUGCUUAUCCCGUGACCCAUUUCUCUGCCAGAAUUUCAGAGGAUGUUGGUUCUGAAUUCUUCCCAGAACAAGGGUGAAUUGGGCUGGAACAGUGUUAGGAUGAUGUACUUCUCUCCUCAAAAAUUGAUAUAAUUUCUCAUUUAGACUGUUCCUGCUCUCCAUGCCCAGGGAACUGGGUUCAGUUCAACAUGAGCUGUUACCGCUACUCUGCUGAACUGAAACUUUGGAAGGAGAGUCAGCAGGCCUGCAAGUCCCAGAACUCCAGUCUCCUGCACAUAAACAACACGGGAGAGAUGGAUUUCUUUAGAUUAUUCAGACUUUCUUGUUGGGUUGGACUGUCCCGUAAAGGACCUACCAGUCCUUGGCAGUGGGAAGAUGGAAUGACUUACUACAGUAAAAAGUAAGUCUCUCCUCAGGAGUGUCCUCCAGGGCAGUAUCCUUGACUUGCCUUACGGAGCUGCCAAAAUCCUUAGGCUCUGGGAGAACGAGAAGCUUUGGGGUCUGAGCCCUAGGAUGGGGUGAUGAUGGGACAAGCAUUAAAGUUAUUGUUUACCCGCAUAGCCAGGUGUGUCUUCAGCUACCCAAGGAACAAUAUCCUUAAUACUAGACAGUUCUAUGGGGAUUUUCUUAAAUUUUCUGAGUCUCAUUCAC